CCCUACCUUGUCUCCUCCUACUCUUACAGCCAUCUACCUCUCCUAGACUCUGCUUAGAGAUACAAGUCCUCGAUAUGGCUUCAAGCUUCCGUAUUGUCCUUCGGGACGCAAAGCGCUACGACACGUAUGAGACCCGUCAAUUCGACCUGCCUUUAAACUCGACUUUCCCUAUUGGCCGCGCUUCCAACAGCGUUACCAAGAAAGCUCUCAUGGCGGCACCACACAAUGCAUUUAUCGAUAGCCCGGUCAUCUCUCGCCAGCACGCUGUCCUCUCCGCCAACACCACCAGCGGCGUCCCUGAGGUCUACAUAAGUGAUCAAGGCUCCAUGCACGGCACUAUGUUGAACGGCCAGAGACUGCCUCCCAAGACACCUACCAAGCUCAAGUACGGAGACGAACUCCAGUUUGGCACCGACGUGAACCGCAACGAAGAGUUCUUCGUAGCCCGCCAAUACGUCUUCGAGUCGCAGCUCUCACGCCCCUUCUCGCUCGGCUUCACUGUCCCUGACGCCGAGAGUGAGGACGAGGAAGUGGAACGUCGUGGCAGCGAAGCCGACCCGUUUGUUAUCGACGACGAAGACAUGGUUGCAGAGCAGGCUGGGCAAGACAACGAGGCAGAAACCACCAUGUUCGUGGAUGCUCUACAGCCUGAACAACCCCUCAAGUCUCCCGCCUUUGCUCAGGAGCUGUACUUUGAGUCUGCGUUGCGUACUACCGUUGUCGAUGAAUCUUACGAUGAGGGUAAAAAAGAUGCAGAAGUACCUGCAACUGAUCCCACACGCCAAGGGCAGGAUGAACUCCUGUCUCCCGACUCCAACCCCCACGGUGUCGAAGAUGACGAUGGGGUUGUUGGAACCGACUUUGACAGUGAGGCUGGAAGUAUCGAUAGCUCCGACAUCGACUCCGAGUCUGAAUCAGAGAUUCAAAAAUCUGAUGAUGAAAUAGACGAAGCUGAAUACUCGGAGCCCUUGACCUCAGUCACCCAGGACGCUAAAUACCCAAACAGCGACGCAGUAUCGGCCAACGGUGAUGAGGCCCCGCCUCUUCCACCCCGUCCUGCGUGCGUGCAUACAUCCUGGAGCAACUUGUCAUACCCAUCGUUCGGACAGACUGAAGCCCAAAACUGGUACUCUGACGACACAUCGCAGGCCAAUUAUGUAGGCACCAACUUUGGAGAUCGGCCUUGCCUGUUUAGCCCUCCUCCGCCGGCAUCUUCAGAACCUGUGGAUGUACAAAUUGCUAUGUCUCUUGUCCAGGAAACCGAUUCAUUGUUUCGAGCUCACGGACUUCAAACACAUCCAUCAGUCCUACCAUCAUAUGUUGACGCCGUCACACCGCAGCAACCAGGUCGACGUACCAAGGUGUCAAUUGAAGAGAUUGUUGAUGAGCAGCCACCAACCCAAGAAUCGGUCAAAUCCCUAAAGCGCAAGGCAGACGUACUUGAGGAGGUAGUAGUGGCCCAAGAGGAAGUUUACAGAGCAAGCGCACCUGUUGUUGAGCAGACGAUCAGCGAUUCAACAAUCCAAGCGCCAGUGGAUGACUGUUCUGCCACUCAAAACGCGGCAGCCAUUUCUCAACGCCCGAAGAAAGUACCUCGCUCUAUUCUCAAGAGGGCGCUCAACAAGGCUACCUAUCCUUUGCUUGGCGCUACUGGUGCGGUCGUCUCUUUUGCUCUUCUCUCAACCCUUCCAGAUACCUUCUUCAUGUAGGAGGCUCACCGGAACACUUAGCACCCUUUUUCUUUGUUUUCAUGGCGUUUGUGGUAAGGCGGUACUGUACACGGCGGGGCAACACGGAUAUCAUGCCACUUGGGAGGAAUCUACGGAUCACAGCAAUUAGUGCUACAGGCGUUUUGGGCAACGUCUAAGGAGGUGGUGUGGCUCAUGAGAGGGAUGUGAUUUUGGUUUGGUAGGCGUUCCGUAUCUUCGGAUCUAUGCCUUGCUUGGGUUGUAUGGCCAUGUUUUUAAAUCCUGGUGAAUGAAAUGUAUC